AUGGCGAAACAGGCUAACAUCGCACGCAAAUCGACCCAUACCUGCUGGGCGGUGAACCGGUUGGGCGUCGACAACCCACCCACAUUUGAGAAAUAUUUUGGGGCCCUGAGAGGCCCUGGGACUGUAAAGUUAGGCUUACUACAGUCGGCCCGCACUCAGUUCUUGGUGCCAGUGGAUAUUCCUGGAAAGAAACUUGGCAGAAAUGCGGCCGGAAGAACUCAGCGCGGAGUGUGGCCUAUGUGUAAGAUCCUCCAAAACCCCGCAUCAGAAAAGACCAGACGCUGUCACCCCAACGGAGUCCAACCUGCAAGGAUCUUCUGCAUCAACAGUGGCGGCUGUUCGCGACCCUCCGCCACUCUUGAAUCUGCAAUAACUGCCGCCAAAUCACUCAUCACGAACGAAUAA